GGCUGUAGCACCUCUGUGGAGGGCAGGCCCCAGCCCAGCUGCCUCCGCCUGGGGAUCUGCCAUUUGGGGCUAAAUUGACUGCUCAGAGGAGCUGACGCCUGGCCAGCUGAUUUGAAAAGAGAUAAUGGUGAAGGAAAGCCACUGAUGGCCGCGUGUCUCCAGCUGCCAGGGAGUAGGGUGAAUUUACCUAUGACUUUGUCAUAGGCUGGCCACAGUGAGUAGUCCCAUGUCCUCCUUCUUUUUCCAGUGACUUGCUUCGGACAGGAAUUUCAGAAAUGAGCAGCCGAUUAUGAUUCUAUAAUUGUGGGGCUUUGGUAAUUUGGGAGCUUAAUUAAUAACAUGACAGUGAGUAAGUAUUAAGAAGGAACAUGAUAACUUUGAAGCUCUUUACAUAACUCAUUAAGAGCACCAGCCUGGUUAUGAACAUAUUUUGUUUACAUUUAUUUUUCCGUGCUCUUUUGAUUGCCAUCCAAAUUUCAGAAUAUAAGAAAUUAGAAUCUCUAACUGACUUUUUUUCUUUCUGGUAAUCUCUAAGUGGUUAAGUGCAAAUACAGAGGUUAAUGAACCAUUGUUAUCAUUUUCCCUCAUCAUUCUUUAUAAUGUUUUAUCCACAAUAUUGAUUUCUUAAUAAGGUUCACCAACCUUGAAUUUGGAAGCCAAAGAAUUAUUUUUUUCACCUCCUUAAAAAAUCCUUCAAUUCCAUUGACUAACCAGUGCACUGAGAUCUCUUGAUCCUAGACAUUCUUUUCUUUAGAUGAUGUGAACUUUGAGGAGAUUUUUAUUGGUUUGAAAGAUUUUCCUUGGGUCAUUUUUUUUGUGUUGUGGGAGAGUGUACCCAAACACCUACCUUUCUGUCAUCUUGCAUACUAUUCCUUAAAAUAGUCUUGUAAUUGACCCUUAACUUUAUUUCUUCUUUUUUUCUGAAAGAAGCUUUGUAAAUAUUUGAGUGCAAAUUUUAAAAGUUGAGUUUUGCUUCAAAAUUUUAUCCUUUGAAUUUUGACACUCCCCCUUAAAGAAAGCUUCCUGAGAAAAGGGUGAGGUUUGAAUUUAUCUAUUAUUAUUAUUAUUAUUAUUAUUAUUAUUUGCAGUUCCUCCUUCAAAAUUUAUUCAUAUUCUUAUCAUUUGGAAAAAUCAACUUCUUGGUAGUUCUGAUAAAUGAUUUUAAGCAUAUUUUUAACUAGUGAUUAGCCUUAAUAGACUAAAAACCUUGUCUUUUAUGUCUUUAUGGAUUGUAUCCUAAGAUCAGGGAGGUCUAAACCCCCUUUCAACAAUAUUGGUAUAAUAUAGAGUUAAAGCAUCAUUGUCAUUUUACAGAAUGAAUGAAAAAUUGUAAACAGAAACCAGACCUCUUAUUUAGAGAUAAUGAGCUCAGAGGACAGUUCAAAGCCUGGGGACUGGUUGGUCUUUCUAAAGUUGGAGGGCACAGGGCAUGGGGGUAGAAAUGAUUUUCCCUGAGUCCAGGCAAUAAUGGAGUGCUUUCUCUGUAGAUAAUAUUUCUAAACAUGUUAUCAGUAUGUUCUGGCAGUUCUAAACCAUGUCAGUGAUAAAACACUGGCCCAGUGGGCAGACCACAACCACCUCCCUUUUGCAUGGGUAUUGCCUCUGAUGAGUGAGAUGUGACUUAAUUCACCAAUAGAGAAUAAUUUAUCUUAGCACACGGAAGAUACAUCUGAAAGCCUAUAAUUUAGCAGGUAGUCCAUUAAUUCCAUUUUCAUGGGAAUUCAUGGCUUUCUGGAUUUGUUAUUUUUAUAUUUCUGUUAACAUAAUAGCCAUUAAAAAGCUGUAAGUAUCCAACAACACCUGCUUUUAUUUUUAUUUAGGGAUGAGGUUAUAGAAACUUGCUUCCUCUGCAUAUUAUUCUUAAGUCUUUUGACAGUGAUGAUAAAACAAUCACACUAGCUUAAACCCAAUAGAUGACUCCGUUAUGGUGAUACUCAGGCAUCUCACAGAACACAGCACAAGAGACAGGGUCCUGACUCUUGUUUUCCACUUCAGUCUUUCUUGCUACAUCUAUUUCAUUUUUCUCUGUCCUUUCUGUAGUUGGGUUGUUCUUAUUUAUAUAUUAAUAUAACUAUGGAGACUUUUCUCAGUUCUCUAUAUUAGUGUCACCUGUAGGGGCUGGAAUUGUGGCUCAGUGGUAGAGCACCUGCCAAGCAUGUGUGAGGAACUGGGUUAGAUUUAUGAGGUCUCAGAACCACAUAAAAAAUAAAAAUAAAAAAAGAUAUUGUGUCCAUCUACGGCUAAAAAUAUUUUUUAAAGAAUAUCACCUGAAGAGUUUUAAAAGGCCAUUCUUUCCUGAAAAUGUUAGCACUUAGUGCAAUCAAGAUGAAGGGUGUUUGCUGUAGGAGUCUUUCAAUUUUUCAGUAGGACUUAAAGUGAUAUUACUCAAAAUAAAAAGUUUUGGUGGAGGUAACUGAGCCUUGCUCCCAGAUAUUCUGAUCCAAUGGGUCUAAAGUAGGGUCCAGACACUGCUAUGUUUUAAAAGCUCCCCUGGGGAUCCUAAUAUAUAAUCAAAGCUGGAAAUUGCUGCUAUGAACUCUUGUCUUUUUCAACUUCACUCAGUGAAGAGAGUGAGUCUCCUCUCUUUUUCCCUAUCCAAAUUUCCAAAUUCCUGGGCUGUGGACUAAUGAGCCCAGCUGAUGUUAUUCCCCAAUGCAGUGGGCUCCAGUGAGGCACAUUAUUCAAAUGGCAGCACACCUGUAGUGGGGCAAGGGAGAGCCUAGGCAAGUAAUUAGUAAUAAUAAUGAUAAUAAUAAUGCUAAAAGUAAUAGAGUUCAGCAUAUUCCUCCAAAGCAAGGCAAAGGGAGUCCUGAACUGCUAAAUUUGAGAACAUGUGGCAACUGUUGCUAACUAUUAUUGUAGCUAUUUUUUUCAAAUUAUAUCUUUGUUUGAAAGAAUGCAAUGAUGGGAAUUAAUUUUUCUUAGUUUGAAAGUUUUAUGGGACAAAACAAAUAUUUUAAUAUAUUUGAUAACAAAAAAACACAACUCUAUCCAUAUCAGACUAGUCCUUACAAGUUGUGAUGCAUAAAAUGAUGUCUAAUAACAAAUACUAUGGGGUAUUUUGCUUGACAUAAUGCUCUAGUUGUAGCAGGCAUAAAUUUUACCCCACAGCGCACUAAAUUUUAAAAAUAUCACAUUUCUUCAAAGAUUCUCUGAAUCAGUUAAGAGGCUCUGCAUCUUCCUCAGUCCCCUUCUUUCUUCCCAGUGAUUUUGCAGAAAAUUCCAACCUAGUCUUAUGUCUGGAGGGGCUGUCCCCUUGCUAAGUAAUACUUCUGAGAGUCUUAAAUAGUCUCAAAUUGUCAUUACAGCUGGAAGAGAGUGGUACCAUCAUUUCUAAGCAAACUGAGCAUUGAGAUUCUUAAUGGUCCCUAAUGAUUUGGAUCUCGGAGUUCAGUUCUUCCUGCACCCUGAGUCACCUACAAGGUCCUCUCACCUCUAGAGGCAUCGAUUGGGUGGUAUAUAUGAGCUGAUGACUAGGGAGUCUGCCAAUAACCUGUCCAAAUUCAAACACCAGGGGGAACCUCUUCUUCCUUGGCCCAAAUCUCUCUCUUUUCCCCAGUAUUCACUCACCAUCACCUUCUGAGACAAGUGUGUGCAUAAAACACAUGGGUAGGAAUUGUGUUUAGGUACCUAGUAGUUUAUUUUGAUUUGUAUAUAUAAAAGCACUUAAUUUUCUACUGAAGCAGGAAACUUAAAGCUCAGAACUUAAAAAAAAAAAAAAGUUCUAAGAAGCUAGCCAGACAGACACAACCCCAAAAUGUUGUCCAAAGGGUUCUAAGCUCAGAAUCCUCUCUUGAAGGUGGGGAGGGACAGCCAGGAGGGCACCUCCGUGCUUCGGUAGAUGGCACUGAGGAAGGAAAAUGAGGGAGUCAUGAUGCUGAUGCAGAAUGUCUAAAUGGUGACAUGUUCCCUGCUGGUUUGAGGAGAGAAAUUGGGCUUCCUGUGGCAACAACUGGACUUUGGAAGACAGAAAGUCUCUGUGAUCCUGAAGAAACAGAGCUGGAAGAGAGAGGAGGAAGAAUACGGGAUGAGGAAAAAGCACUUCCCAAGCCCCUGAGAAGUGGCAGAAACUGGUCCAGACAGAGCAGCUGGAUACCUGCAGGGAGAGCAAGACCAGAUGUCACCACGUGGCAAAGCUGGGGUGGGUACAACGCCCAAAGACCAGCACAAUUGCACAUCUCAGCAGAGGCUGGCAGUGGGAGCACAUCUUUGGAUGUUUAUUUCCUAAUGCUAGGACAUUGUUCCAGAAAAGAAAAGAGGAGGGAAAGAAGGAGGAAACCCUUGAAUUAAUCAAAAGAGGCUUAGUUUGAACCGAAACUCAAUGAGUUUCUUUGUAAGGGAAAAUUUUCCACCGUUGGCUCAAAUAAGGACUGUAGUGCUUAUUAAGUUCAGUUAUAGUUUGAGAACCAGUCACAUCGGUGCCCAUCUAGUUUUGUAAGCAACACAUGUUCAUGAUACUUGUGUACUUAUCUUCUGUGUAGACAUUGGGUAUUGGUUCUUCCUCCACGAUUUAUCCAGAAGGCUUUGCUGUCUCCAGAAUGGUGGCUGCACCUUGGAUGUCCUUUUCACCCAAGGGCUCUGCAUCUUAGUUCUUGGUUGCUGUCCUGGAGUCUUUCUCCCAUAAAGCCAUUUCAAAAUGUAUUUGAUGCAAAAGUCCCAUCCUACUCCAUAGCCAUAUUCUAAAUAAAGCAUCAUUUGAAACAAAACCAUCGAUGCCCCAACCGUGUACUCAUUCAUUUAAUCAUCCAGAAUGAGAGAAAACCUAAUGUUUUCAGACAUACAAAGAUUAAGAGAGUUUAUCAUCCACUGAUCUUCAUUAAAGGGAGUCUGAAAGUGUAUCUUCUAGUAAGAAGAAAAAGCAAAUAUAAGAAAAAGAAAUAUAAGAAAGAAUGUGAAAUGUAAGGACCCAAAGGGGGAGAUGAGCCUUCGAUUUGGAGAACUGAAGAGACAGAAAUACCUUCUGGUCGUAAAAGUUAGACAGCUCCCUAUGUUCAUAUAGCUUUUUUACUUUUGAACAUCUAUUCUUUUUUCCUCUUUCUGUUUAUAAAGUAACCACAAACAAUUAUUCAUAAUUCUCUCAUGUCUAUUGUUAUCUCCAUCUCUACAUCUAUGCAAAGAGAGAGGAAGACUGACAAACAUCAAAUAAGAUAGAGCUGAUGUACGUAAGGAACCCAAACACCAACUUGUUGUCCAGUUAAAAUGUAACUACUGUGUGCAUUUUAAUGUCCAUUAUUAAGUCGCUGAGUCAAGUGGUCCACAUUUUUAAUUCGUCUCCUGCCCUGCGAUCAGAGCAAAGGUGUUACUUCAAGUUUUUCCCUUUAAUAUUCUCAUUUUGUGAAAGAGGAAAUGGAGUUAUCAGUCAACAAAGAACACAGUUAUGAGGAUUUACAUGAUGUGAAUAUUCAAAUUUGAUGCUUUCACGAACAACAGUAGGUCAGAAAUCAUUCUUUUGUGAUAGAUUGUUAUAUAUUUAUAUGUGUUUUUUAAUAACAUUUACCUUAAAACUGUUAUUAUUUUUAUGUCAGACUUUUUCAUUUCUCAGCCUUUACUCAUGUGAGUGAGACAGUAUUGGGAUCCUUUUGCAGAACUAUAAAGCAGUGUGACACCAGGUGCCCUGCGGUUGUGAUAAUAACAUGGCUUUUAUAGAAGAAAAGUCUAUUGAAAUAUGAACAAUAGUAAACGUGUUUCAACAAAAAUUAUGUAAUGGAAAAAUACAAAUCUUGUAUAUGUAGGCUAAGUGGUACCUAAACAUCAACUGAAUUUCCUAAUUUUUCUUUGUUUUGAGAUUUGGCCCUCUUUCUGUAUUUCUCCUGUUGAUUAAUGGCAUCAAAAUUCCUGACUCAGAAAACAUAAGUAUCAUCUUUUUAUCCCUGUCAUCUAACCUUUUUAUUAUUUUAUUUUAUUAAAAUUUUUUUUUAGUUGUAAAUGGACAUGAUACUUUUAUUUUAUUUAUUUAUUUUUAUAUGAUGCUGAGGAUGGAACCCAGUGCCUCACACGUGCUAGGCAAGUGCUCUACCACUGAGCUACAACUCCAGCCCUCCCUAACCUUUUAAUCUUUUCCCUUCAACCCAAGUUUUAGUAGCUUCCCCCUUUAGUCUCCCUAUUUCUGAUUUGGCAUCAGAUCCUAUUAGGCUUGCUGGCUUUGGACCCACUUGCCUGCCAUUGCCUUGGUUUGGAUCCUUCUAGUUGUUCAUCUGGGUGGAGGAAUGGCCUCUCCACUGUCUCCAGCCUCUGUGGUGGCAAAAUAAACUUGAGAAAGUGGAAUCUGAUCCUGUCAUUGGAAGAUUUGAUAGCUCCUCUGUCCAUGGAGGAAUUUGUUUGCUUUAUUGCGGCACAGAAUCAGCCUGAUUUUGGUACCAGUUUUUAUUUGACUGAGUAGCUGCAGGCCUUAGCUCCUACUGCUCCUGUAAUGCUCCACGGUGACCUUCUCAGACAUCCCUGCCUCACCUGGGUAUUCCAAACCUUCUCUGGAUCUGCUGCUCCUCUACCUGGAACACUAUUCUUCACCACUGCCCCCGCAGUGGCCACACUCAGUGCCACCUUGUUUCUGAUCCACCCCCAAAUCCAUUAUUUUAUACCUGAGUUUAUUUUUUCUUGCCACAGGCCUCAAAAAUAAAUUUUAUAUGGCUCAGGGAGGAUACUUAGAGCAUUAACUGUUACCAUCUUUAUUACCUGUCUUCCUUAAUUACACUGUAGCUUCCUGAAGGGUCAGACCAUGGCCUAUUUUUCUUCAUAAUCAUCUCUAGAGCCUGAUUUUUACCCUGGAAGAAAGAGGCCUAAAGUGAAUAUUUUCUAAAUGAAUAAGUGAAUGAAUGAAUGGAGAAAGAAGGCCCAGAGAAACCAUGUACCCUGCCAAAUUUCAUAAAAUUAGUCAUGACAGAAUUGGGAGAAGAACACAGAGCUGACUUCCAAAUUACUUCAUUCUCUUUCUACCACAAUGUUAAUAAGUUUCAUUUUUCCUAUUAUAAAAAUAAUUAUUUGUAGAAAAUAUAGAGUACAGAGAAACGUAUGCAGAGAAAUUUUUCUCCUUUUGUCAUAGUUAUUGUUAAUAUUGUCCUAUAUUUAUUUCCAGUGGUUUUGUUUUUUCUUCUUAAGAAUAAUUUGUAGAAAUUAGAAAAAUCUCAAGUAUAAAAAUGAAAAUGAGUCACUCAUAUUUCCAUCUCCAGAAUUACUUGCUGUUUGUUAGCAUCGUGUUGUAUUUAUUUCAAGUCUGUUUCUUACUCUUUCCCUCCUUUGAAAACCAUGCUUUUCUUAAAAAUGAUACAUGUUGUUACAAAAAAUUCAAAGAGAACAAAAUAUUUCCAGGAGAAAAGUAAAAGAAACCAUAGAAAAUCCUGCUACCUAGAAAUAAUCAUUGUUAAUGGCUAACCCUUAUUCCACCUAUUUUUAUAGAUAUCAACAGGACAUAUAUAAAGACACGGUAGAUCAAUGGGUAGAUCGAUAUAAAACAAAACAGAAAAAGUACAGUUAUUAAUAAUUAUGUUCUAUUUGCUUCUAAAAUGAAUACAUUCAAUUUUAUUUAAACUAAAUAGAAAAAAGGAAUGUCAAAUGAAACCUGAAGGAUUGUUGAACUUAUAAUUUUUUCUCACAAGAAAUGUUAUUUUCUAAAUAACAUAACAUACUCAAAAACAGUUAAUAAAAUAUAUUGUGGGUGGAAGCAGUUAUUUUUUAAAGUGGCCCUGUUAAUUGUACAGGCCAUGUGGAUUUAUUCCCACUGGAAAGAUGAGGUCUCAACAAUUUCUUAGUCAGUCCUUUGACACCCAAUUUUUGACAGCUACAUUAUGCUUUCAUAUUGACCUUUUUUAUGGCUAAGUUUCAGCAAAAAAUGGUCUUACAUUAUAGCUGAAUGCAUUUUUUUUUUUCCAGAGAAGGUUCAUAUUAUCUCUAUACGUCAGGGAUUACAUUUAUUUUUAUUCUGGUUAUCUUUAUCCAUUUUCUAUAUUAUCUUUCUGUCUUUUUAUUUGUCCUUUACUUUAUCAGCAUUUCUGCUGAUAAAUCUUACAUGUUGAUACUUUAGUGUUUUAUUAGUGUCUCUUUGUUUCAAGCUCCUGAUUGAUUUAUGAAUUUUAUGUUGCUAUUUUGAUUUUUGAACUUUCAAAUUUAUCUCCUUUGAACUUGGGCAUUAAAAACCAUGUUCAUGUUAUCUUGUUCUGUACCUUAAACUAAAUUGUGAAACAUUUUCUUGCCUGUGUGUGCAUGCGCGCAUGUGUAUUGAUGUUUAGAUUUGAGUUCUUUGGCUGUCUUUCAGAAGCUCUGCUCCUUUGUGUUUUUCCUUAAAAUCUUUCUCUAUAAUAUGUUUGAGUCAUUGGGAUGUAUCACCUUUUACCUUGCUAGUGUUUAAAUUACUCUGGUAUACAGUGGGUGAUUUCUUGAUUUCUCCCUCUCUGUACCUGACACUAGUUCAUUUUUGCAAGGGCACGGUUUAGGGUCUGGGUAUUUUGUGCUCUGUUCACUUUUCUUGCAAUCUAAGGGAAUACCCAGGAGAAGCAGAGUUCUGAGGCAGCAUUACACUGCAUGUAUUAGUCAAGCUCCCAGCUAACUCUGAAUACAAGUUACCUGAAAAGGACCCAGCUGAAAAGAAUAAAUUGAAGAAAUUUAAUGAAGAGAUUCUUUAGAUAGUAGGCAGGACUCAAGACCCAAUAAGGGAGGCAGCGGGGGCCCAGAAGAAGUGGAAAACCAUUACUAUCACUAACUUCGAAGAGGCAUGAGAAGGAAACCAUUAAAGUCCAGUGCCAACUGAGGCAUAAAAAGAGAAAAUGCCCAACAAAAACAACAGCCAGAGAAAAGCAGCCACGUCUAGGAUUCUAACUGCAGAGGAAGGAGAAAUAAGGAGUAUGUCUCCUCUUCUCCCUAUUCCUACCCCCCCAUCGUCUGCCAGUGACUCCCAUUAGAAGAACCCUCACUGGAAACCGAGGCAAGACAGUGUGCAGAGGUCAGCUUCUUGGACAGAGUGGGAUUUAGAAGCACAGAGAAUAAUUCUGAUGAGCGACAGGGAACAAAUACAGAGCCAGUUGCUCAUGUGGGCAUAACUCUGAAACUGAGUUUUUGUUGCAUGGUGUCAGAAUUCCCUCCAUUUCCAUGGAUCAUAGAUGCCAAUGGCAAAUGUUUUAAGGCUAUGGAUUGUUUCUUUGUCUGGGUAGAGCCUUGGAGUCUUCAUUUCCCCAGAGAGGCAAUCUCAUCAUUUCCUCUCUACAGUUCACAGUGUAUCCCCAGCUUCCCGUUCUAGAGCUCUUUGGUUGGUUGACGCUGGGGUUUGAAUGUCCCCUCUACAGCUCAUGUUGAAGCUGUUUAAUUGCCAUUGUAACUGUGAUAAGAAAUGGGGCUUUUAAGAGGUUGAUUAUGUCAUGAGGGCUGUGUUUCCAUGAAUAGACUAAGGCUGUUAUCUUGGGAAGGAGUUGGUUAGUAGGGAAGUGGGUUCCUGAUAAAAAGAUGAAUUCAUCCUGAUUAUUCUGUCUCUCCUGUGCUGUCACUUUUCAUGUUACAAUGCGGCAUGAAGUCCCUCUCCCAAAGGCCAAGGCUGUGGUUUUGGUUGCCCAGCCACCAGAACUGUGAGUCAAAUAAACUUCUAUUUGUUAUAAAUCAUCUGGUCCAUGGUAAUCUGUUGUACAGCAGAAAAUGACUAAGACAGAUGAGGAAAAGCAAAAGGCCUCACCUUUGCUUCUCUCUAGAUUUCUGGGCAUUUCUGGCGUUUCCAGAGAUUCUGUCUACACUGUAGUUUGGUUAAGGGGGAGAGGAAAGGGGGAUAAACUUUAGGAGCUGUGCUCUAUUACUGCAUUUCACUCCAUUUCAGAAUUAAAUUUUUUUCCUUUAAUAGUUUUUGAAUUGUUUUUUUAAAUCUUACACUUUAUUUAUUUAUUUUGCAAUUAGAGAAUUUUUUUUUUUUUUUUUUUUUGCUGGUUUUCAGCAUUUUGUUGGGUGCCAGAAGUACUCUGAUUUAAUUCCAGAUGGAUAAGAAAUCCUACUAGUGUUUUUCUCUGGUUGUGCCUUGAGGAUCAUGUUGACUGUUUAUCCUCCCAAUAUCAAGAAGUUAUAUAAUACUGCUAUCUCAUGUUAAUGAAUUAUCAAGACUCUUGACACACACACACACACCUUAACAUCAUGCUGUUUACUGUACUUUAAAUUAUUUCUGUACAAAAGCUCAGAAGUCCUGCUAGCGCUGCCAUAGUCAGACUUUCCCUAGUUGUUUAGAGUUCCUAUCCAAAUUGUGUUGAUUUUUACAAUCUCUAUCUUGGCAGCAUCUUACUAUCAGAUGAAAUUCUCUUUGAUUUUGUGGUGACUCAUGAGGUGGAUGAUUCUCAGGGCACACCUGGACCAAGUGCCUGGCAUAGAUGUCAUCUGCACAUGCUCGUCCCUGUUCACUGUUCACAUUCUAGAUGUGAGUUGGCACUGCUACAUAAAGAGGAAGGUAUUCAAAUCAAAAAAGGUUUGGAGAAACUGGUUGAAUCUCAGAGGAACUAGUGAAAAUGGCUUAAGGUUUAGCAAACUGGUAUUCUGGAGAAAAUUGAAGGCUCACCAGAUCUAUGAGUAGGUUAACUGUGAGGGUGAUUUGGGGCAUGAAAAAUCAUCCUUGCUUCCAAACAUUUAGCCUGUCGACCUGAGCCAGUGCUUCCACUUCCUACUGUUGGAGAUGCUUCCUCUAGAAGAUCCCUGAAAAAAAUAUACAUUUAGCUGAAAUAAAAAAAAAAAAACCACAAAACUACUGGUAUUCAUCUUCCUAGAGAUGAUGACCAACACUUGCUAUUUUCAACAAGUACAGGAAGGAAGACACAGACAGAAUAAUGUACACUCAGCCUUCUGCAUCUGUGGAUCAAACAACUGCAGAUCAAUCUGUACUGAGCACAUACAGACAACAUUAUUGUCAUUCUUUCUAACAUAAUAUAACAGCUAUUUAUAUAGCAUUUCCAUUGGAAUAAUUAUUUUAAGAAAUCUAGAAAUGAUUUAAGGUAAAAGGGAGAAUGUGGAUAGGUUAUAGGUAAAUACUGUGCCAUUUUAUAUAAGGGACUUGAGAAUCCUCAUAUUUUGGUGUCUAUGGAAAGUCUUGGCACUAGUCCCUUGUAGAAACUGAGGGAUGAUUUCAUUUAAGAGUCUUAUCUAAGAAUCUAGAUCUUUCAAUAACUUGCAGUAUGAACUUGGGCAAAUCACUUGCUAUCUGAACCAUGAUUUUCCCUCUGUUAGACAAGGAAAAAAUGAUAUCUAUUUUGCUUACUUCAUAAAAUUAUUAUGACAUCAAUUUGAAAGUUAUACUGAAAUGCUCUGAAAGAAUUAGAUACAUACAAAAAUUAGCUCUUUCAUAUUUUAGAAAAGUCACAUGAUAUUCUGGAAAAAAACCUAAAAGAUAACAAACCUAGGUUCAAAUCCCAACUAUGCUGCCUGGUAAUUGAAAAUUGGGCAGGGUCAAUUUUUAGUUCCUUAACAUUGGAAAAUUCUGGAAGUCAUUUCAGAAACACAGAAUUGUUUGAAGGCCUAAAAAGAGCUAACAUCCACAUGGCCUCUGACAAAGAAUAAAUGUUUGCUUUACUCUCCUCUGCCCUUCCACAAUGACUGCACUCAGGCAGGAGGUACACCUGGUCACUGACCAAGGGUGACAUGAUGGGAUGGUUAAUGACGGACGCUAUGGAAUCUUCCACCCCUGAGAUCAUCUGAAGUGUAUAUCCACAGUCUGCCCGGCGAAUUUUUAUGGUUCUUUUUGGAAUAUCAUUUGAAACCUCAACAAUUGUAAAAUCUAAUUAUGCAAGUAGUAGCCACAGACUAUCAGCUGACAAAACUGGUGAUUGAAAUGUUCCUGGUUGGUAGUUAAAGUUCUGUCUGGAGUUUUGUUUACCUUUGUGAUUGAUGUGAUUUGUGAUGACUAUCCCAAUAUUUUCUCUUUAUUUUGUUGUUGUUAAUCAAGAUGUGAGAGGUCAACUUGCAAAAGAUUUUUUUUUUUUUUUCAAAAUGACUCUACAAAAUUGCCUGUCUUUAUUGGCCUGUGUGUGCGCGUGCGCACUUAUACUUUUUAAUUAAGCAAAUGCUUUUUUUCUGAAGGGGCUGUGCAUUAAACACGUCCCAGCAUGUGAUUCACACAUUUUCUUUCUGCCUGUUGUUUCAUGUUAGUGAGCUGUGCCUGUUGCCCGCCAACUGUAUGGCUUUGGGGUGGAGGAUUUUGAUACAGAUAGGAAGAGAUAUUUUAUAUAAUUAAAUUGCCAACAAAAAUGAGAAUCAUUUACGGAAUCUGGAACUUUGAGAUACUUCCUGUCAUGUCAAUUACACCAGUUUUGCCCCUUAGGGUCUGUUGGUCUCUAAGAAGCAAGCCCAUCCGAGUUCCCAGCCCUGAGGCUGUGCCUGGUUUCACUGUGACUUUCCCGUGGGGGCUGAGGGAAAGAAGUCAUCCUGGUUGUUGUUUAAUUUUUAACUGCUAGUACAUUGCUUGGCAAUGAGGGGUUCCAUUUUUGUUUGUGAAAUCAACACAUAAAUGAACAUCUUAAGCAUCUUCUUAAGGUUUGUAAAUCAGACAAGAGAAGGGAAGAGUGUAAUCUAGAUUUGAGGAUUGGAAAUAUUAUCUCUUUGCAGAUUUAGCCAAUAUAUCAGUAUACUCUGUGGUUCCAUUUUUUUUAAUGAAGGAGAUAGUGAAGUAGUUUCUAUAUUUUAAUUUUUUAAAAAAAAAUUGUACAUGUUGUACUUGGCACAUUUCCCCUUGUGAAAUUUUAGUACUGAUGUGAUUGCUUAUUGUGGGGUGGGGCAAGUAUGAAUUACAUGAGGUAUUUUUUAUUUAUUUUUUUAGGUUAUGUUCUUAAGAGAUAAGUCUUUUCUGAAAUGCAUGUUUUUAAUGAAGUUUUUGGCUUAGGCUACACAAAGACAACAUUUCAGGCAUUUGUUUGAGAGGCAAGAGUUAUACUCCAACUAUCCCUUCUUUUAGAGUCAUAAUCCAACCACCUGGGGUAGGGAGAUGGGAACAGUUGGAUACCAGUGGGGUAGGGAGAUGGGAACAGUUGGAUACCAGUGGUUUUCAGGAAAAAAAAAAAUGGCAAGAAGGCUCUGGGUGGGGAGGAGCACCAUGUGGUCGAAAUAUUAGAGCCAUGCUUCUAUUUUGCCACUAUACCCUUUUACUUCUUCUGAAUUUUCUGUGGAUCUGAAAAAGGAGUUAAUGACUCUGGCUUAAUGUCAACAAAACUGGAAGAAAACUGUUUUCAUUUGAGCCUAGAUUAAAACAUGCCACUGUAUUUAAAAAGCAAUCAGUUUUAUAAGCUAAACACAAAAAUGUUAACUCUUGGAAAUUUUCCUUUCAGUCAAAAGAAUUGAGAAUAAGCUAAAAAGUCACUAAGAAAUAGAGUCACCAUUGUUGAAAUAAGAAAGGUCACACUUCAAAAUCUAACAAAGGAGUGGCUCCUGUCUAAUGAAGAUCAUUCCCACAUAAAACUCAGAGUGCUUACUUUGUCAUACAUAGAUAUUUAAUUUUAGUAAUAACCAAAAAACAUUUUGAAAAGCAUUAAACUUAAUUAUAUUUCAACUUUAAAGCAAAAUGAUAAUGUAAUAAAGAUUAUAUUUUAAUACAACACACUAAAAUUUUAAGCAAACAAGAUGAUUUUCAUCUUGAUUUGCAGAAAUGAAUAAAUUACUCAACUUUUUUUUUUUAAUUUACUUGAGUUUUGGGGCCAAGUAAUACUAGCUUUAUGAAAGUUUGUUGUCUCUUUCUUAAAGAAUUUAUAAAAUUUGUUUUAGACAUGAGAAGGAACAUUGAAUAUGAUGAAAAUUAUUAAAGUUAAUUCAAAAAAAGUAUGGACUUAUUAUCAAAUGGUAUGAGAAUUAUGUCAACAUAUUUCUAGUUUUUUAGUUUUGAUGAUUUUGCACAAAGCAGUAAUUGCAUUGUGGUAAUGAUUCUAAUGGGUCAUUUGGAUGGUUUUUAUAAUGGAGUCUCCAUGUCUUUGAAUGACUCAAGUUGGAAUAAAAGAUAGAAAAAAGCUACCACUUAACUUGAAAUUGUGUGUCCAUCUGUGUUGCCACCAAAGACACAUAAAAGUGAUGAGCAAUAAUGUACUCCCUUUGCCCCUUUGUGUAAAAGCUACAGACUUUGCAGAAAAUAGUAUUAGCAACCAGGCUGAAAUAGGCAAUACAAAAUUUUUAAAACAAUUAUUGAAUUUCAGUGGAAUUUCGGCUAGACUAACAUUUCAGUGCAAGAAACAUGAUUGAAAAAUUGUUGCUGUCUAGUCUUUAAAAUAAUGACAUGGUUUACUAUAGAACUACACAUAUUUGGGUAAAGAUUUAUUUUGGACUAAAAACGGUCAAGUAACCAAUAUCAAUCAUUUUGAUAGCUUCUGGAUUUUGUGAUGACAUCCACGUCUUCUUAACCCUUUUAUUUGAGAAUGAAGACAUCAAAUCUCUUUCACAGAUGACCUUGCUCAGGAUGAAAAUAUUAAAAUUAUUAAAAUUUAAUAUUCGCAUUCUUAACUUUGGUGAAUCCUUUAUAGAACUCAGAUCCUGAUACAAAUCCUCAGCUCUUUCCACCCACUUUCUCCCUUUCACUUCUUCUCUUCCUUCCACCCUAUCUCCCUCCCUCCUUAUUCCUUUAUUGAAUGUAUUAUGUUCCCACCACUUGCCAGACAUUCUUGGUGUCAAGAAAUCCAUUACGUUUUGACAUCAUUUCUGGUAAAUAUAACAAUAGCAGAUUAGUUUUGAAGAAAUCACUACCUAUCCAUGACAAUUACUGGGGAGGGUGGGAUAAUAGGCCAAGUUUGGUGCUUACUGUCUUUCAAAAAAUGUAUCUUGGCUGAGCUUACCCAUAGGAACCCCAGCUCAUCUUCCACUAUAGCCACCUACACGUUUCUCAGCCCUGCCGAACCCAGAGAGUGAACCAUCAUUCCUGCUGCCCAAACACAGGCUGUUAUUUAUUAUACCUCGUAGGCGAGAUGCAAUCUGGUAAGCGGCAGCUUCAUUUGGAGAGAUUCCCAUGUUAGGUGUGACUUGUAAGCUGGUAGCAGAGGGUGAGGGAUCGAUCAGCAAUUGCCUGUACCUCCCCGUGUGGGCUGGUGCUUACACCUGUAGCCUCCUGGUGAAGUUGAUGGGUCACCACCUCUGGAGCAGAGAAUUCUGAGUGGACAGCACUGAAGACGGAGCCCAGUCUCACAGGCUGAUGGUCUACGGUGGCAUAGAAUGAUGAGAGCUUCCAAUUUGCAAUAUUUUGCCCUUUUGUUUAUUUUUAUAGAAGCAAGAAAUUCAACUGUGUGGAAGACAAUGACUUGUACACUUUUGUUCUUCUGUUUGGUGUUUCUUUUGCCCACAGAGUCCUGUAAGAUAUUAAGUCAGGCUGCCAACAAAAACACGGAGAAGGUACCUGCCAGGCCACAUGGUGUAUGUGAUUAUGUCUGUAUGGACAAUUCCCAUUGCAGCCAACCUUGUCCUCCAGGUACUGAGGGAAAUAUGGGAUUUUCAUGCAGGAAAAACAAAUGGUACAAAGUUACUGAUACCUGCCGGACUCUUAAUGCCUUCAACAUCUUUGAGGAGGACUCAUAUUUAGCUAAACCAUUUGGAGAAACCAUAAGAAUAAAUGAAUAUGCUGGAAAAUCUGAGACUAUAACAGAUAUGUUGAUGCAAAAGUGUCCAAAAGAUUUGUCUUGUGUGAUUAAAAACAUUAAGCGGUCUCCCCGGAUACCAGGAAACAUCGCUGUCAUUGUACAGCUCUUACACAACAUUUCAACAGCUCUGCUGACAGACGUUGAUGAGGCAAAGAUGAAGAGUUACAGCACCAUGGCCAACCACAUUCUUAACAGCAAAAGCAUUUCAAACUGGACCUUCAUUCCUGACAGAAACAGCAGCUGUGUUCUGCUUCACUCAGUCAAUUCCUUUGCAAGAAAGCUUUUUGUAAGUAAACAUCCCAUUGACAUUUCAGACGUCUUCAUUCAUACCAUGGGCACCACCAUUUCUGAAGACAACACAGGAAAGAAUUUCACUUUUUCCAUGAAAGUUAAUGACACUGGCAAUGAAGUUACCGGGAGGGUGUUGAUUAGUCAAGAAGAACUUCAAAAGGUGCCUUCCCCUUCUCAGAUCAUCAGCAUUGCAUUUCCAACUCUUGGGGCCAUCUUGGAAGCCAGUCUUUUGGAAAGUGUCACUGCAAAUGGGCUUGUUCUGUCUGUCAUUUUGCCCAAGGAACUUAAAAGAAUCUCACUGAUUUUCGAAAAGAUCAGCAAGUCAGAGGAAAGGAAGACACAGUGUGUUGGCUGGCACUCCCUGGAGAGCAGAUGGGACAAGCAGGCCUGUAAAAUGAUUCAAGAAAACUCCCAGCAAGCUGUUUGCAAAUGUUGGCCAAGCAAGUUGUUUACCUCUUUCUCAAUUCUUAUGUCACCUCAGACCUUGGAGAGCCCAACUCUGAUUUAUAUCACAUACAUAGGCCUGGGCAUUUCGAUUCUCAGCUUAAUCCUUUGCUUGUCCAUCGAGGUCUUGGUGUGGGGUCAAGUGACGAAGACUGAGAUCUCAUACUUACGCCACCUGUGUAUCGCUAACAUUGUGGCCACCUUACUGAUGGCUGAUGUAUGGUUCAUUGUGGCUUCCUUUCUCAGUGGUUCAAUGACACACCACAAUGGGUGUGUAGCAGCAACAUUUUUUGUCCAUUUCUUUUACCUGUCUGUGUUUUUCUGGAUGCUUGCCAAGGCACUCCUCAUCCUCUAUGGAAUUCUGAUUGUUUUCCAUACACUGCCCAAGUCAGUCCUGGUGGCAUCUCUCUUUUCAGUGGGCUAUGGGUGCCCUUUGGUCAUUGCUGUUAUUACAGUUGCUGUCACUGAGCCUGGCAAAGGCUACCUACGGCCAGAGGCCUGCUGGCUUAACUGGGACACGACCAAAGCCCUCUUGGCCUUUGUGGUCCCAGCUCUGGUCAUUGUGAUAGUCAACCUGAUCACGGUCACACUAGUCAUCACCAAGACCCAGCGAGCUGCCAUUGGCAGUUCCAUGUUCCAGGAAGUGAGAGCCAUUAUGAGAAUCAGUAAGAACAUUGCCAUCCUCACACCACUGCUGGGUCUGACCUGGGGAUUCGGAAUAGCCACAGUCAUUGAUGACAGCUCCCUGGCCUUCCACGUUAUCUUCUCCCUGCUCAAUGCAUUCCAGGGCUUCUUCAUCCUGGUGUUUGGAACAAUCCUGGACCCGAAGAUAAGAGAAGCCUUAAAGGGUCGAGUGAACUCUGUGAAAUGGAUCACCAGAAUAUCAGAGGACCUUUCUUCUGAAUUCUCUUGUCAACCCACCAAAGGGCCAAGCUAACAAACUGCAUGCAUUCCUAACUCAGGAGGUUGUUCAUUCCAGGAAUGGCAGAGCCCAAAGGAGAAAUGUGCUUAUUCCUGUCUUCUUGCCACCAGAGAGAAUGAAGGAAACCUCACGCCGUGGAGCUGUCAGAGGAGGGCACGAAGUGUGCAGAGGAUGGAAGUCCUUCUUCUGAGUUGUUCUGUGCUACUGAACACGUCUUGCCCAUGAACCAUAUAUAUACAGAUGUGACUUCUUUGGUCAUAAGCCAAGUGAAAAUCAUAGAGUUUGAAUCAGAAAAAACAAAACAAAACAAAACAAAACAAAACCCUAUUUCAAGUCAAGGAGGCAGAAGCCUGGAGUUGUGAGCACAGCUAAUCAAAGGUUGAGCCAGAGGCAGAAGCCCAAGUCUGUGGACUCCCAGUUCUUGACUUUCUCUCCAAGAUCAGGUAGCCACUGAAGGGCUUUCUGUUUACACUUUCUGUCACCAACACUGUAUAUUUGAAGCCUGUGAUGGGGAAAGGGAAUAUCAUAUUUCAAGGUCAAAGCUGCUCAUUUUCUUAACUUUGUAUGUAAACAAAUUCAACCUUCAAACCAGGUGUUGCUUGAUAGAGAACAAUGUUAUAGGUAGAAGCCCCUUUACAGAGUAAGUGCAUUGCCAGCUGCCACAGGAGAAAACCACGGAACAAAGGCAAGGGGCAGUGGAUGGUCCCAACUAUCUCACCAAGAAGCCAGUGUUAUUGAUGUUCCAGUAGAAAUGGGAAUGUGAGGCUUGCUUUGUGCACGAGUAGUGUCUCUUUCUUUCUGUUUUUUUUUUUCUCCAAGGAAUCUUCCUCUAAGUGAGAAGUUUGAGAAGGCAAAGGAAUAAUAAAGAGAUUCAUCAGAAGGUAGAAAAAAAUGCAUCAACCUGGAGAAAGAAUUAUCUUACAAGAGGCACUGCUUAUAUUGGGACAACAAUAGCAUUCUUCUCAAAUGGAGUCAGAAAGUGGUUUGAAUUUGUCUUUUAGCAAUAGACCUGGAGAGACUCCUCAAGAGAAGGAGGUGAGAUAGGCAUAGUCCUGGUUUUUCUCAGUGCACAGAAAUUAGGCAUCAAGAAAUGCCACUUAUCCAGAGACAAUAUAUUGAGGCAAAGAUGGAAUCUCACAAAGCCAAGUAGUUAGAUGACUGUAAAUCUGGACAGACUUUAGAAAAGGCUAAGUCUAAUUGCCUCAUUUUACAGCUGAGGAUUCUGAGUACAGGGACAGAAGGAGGGAUUAGCCUGUUGUUUGUAUCAUGCAUUAAGCAGUCACAGCUGGUAUGAAAACACUACGGUGUACUCACUUCUGGAGAUAGGAUAUUGGGAAAGAUACCCCACCAUGCUCAUCAUUAAACCAAGAAAGGCCCAUGGAUGGUACAAGAAACUACAGAAUUAUUUUGGGACCCCGUGAAGAAAUUGUGCUCACUCUUCUGCAGCCCCAAACUACUCUGUACCAUCUUAGAAAAUGUCGAGGAACUGCAUGGGAUAGGUUGGCUCCUGAUGACCUUGACAGGGACACAUGGAGUAUCCUGCUUAUACCUCACAAAGGGAAUGACUUGGUCAGGUGGACCAAGGAGAAAUUGGUGCUAACACUGCCUAAGGCAGACUCAUGGGUAGAGUACUUUAUUUUUAUUUAUGGCCAUCCUUGGGAAAGUCAUUUACAUUCCUUAGACUACUUUUCUGUAAAUUGAAGAUAAUAAAACCUACCUCAGAGGAUUACUGUAAAGAUUAAAUGUACAAAUGCAGGUAUUUAGAAUAGUACUUGGCAAAUAUUAAUUGCUCAUUAAAUGUUAAGUUUUUUAAAGAGUACUUGUGAAUAUGUGUACACAUACAAACACACAUAACACAAAAAAUGUACAGCUCUGCUCUUUGCAUGAGUUUGGAUGUAGAUAUGCCCACAGGAAUUAGUUGACUGACUGUUAAAUAAGAGUCAAGCAUUCAAUUUGGCCUGUUCAAUGUUAGGGGUAUCAGUCAACAAAAUCUGCUGAGUUUACUACCAUAGAAUGAGCCUUUUAUCCAAUGCUACUCUGGUAAUGAUACAUGGUUCCCUGCCUUGGAAAAAAGAGUGUGUGGCACAGGGCUCUAAGCCCUGUACUUGUCUAAGCUUAGCUUCACUUUCUUUUUUUCUGGAGAAGUAUUCCCUGAUUGGUCUAACCAGAAAUGCUGAUCCUCCUUCCUUAAUGUGUUAUGUGAUUUAUAACCUGUGCCAUUCACUUUACAUUGGUAUAUAUUGUGUUAUAUUGUUUGUUUACUUUGAGUCCUUUAUGUGCAUGCAUUUUCUUUCCCAGAUAAGACUGUAAAACCUUGUUGCUCACUGUGUUACCUACUUUCACAUGCUUAUAGAGCAGAGCAAGGUGCUUUGUAUAUAGAAUGUGUUCACUAAAUAUGUAAAAUCCUUUGGUUACACAACCUCUUGAUACUGGUUUUUCCAAAUCCCAAAUGACCUAGUACUUAACUAGUGACCUAAAUAAAUCUGACCCAUUUCAACAAACAUUGCCUCCUUGACCAUCAUUACUGUAAAAUGUGUAAUAGAAUUUCCUCUUAUUUAUUUCUCUAUUGUCCAUACCUUCCUCUGGUAACUUCUAAAGGCAGGUUUGCAUCAGGUCUUUGAGGGAAGGAAGGCCUGUAAAUAGAAGACCCCAGAAUUACUAUGUAUGAAAUUAUUUGGUAGUGAGAAGAACAACUCAAAGUAGCUACGCAGCCUGAGUCAUAUCAAGUGAAGUUCC